CUUUUAUAUAAGCCUCAAGGCCCACCUUUUCAAAUGACUUUUUAUAAUUCCCCCUUUUCACACACCUUUUCUUGUUUUUUUAAUUACCCCAAAUAUAAUACCCAAUUCCCACUUACUACUUAGCACCAUUUUUCACCAUCUUCAAGCUGGAAAGCCAUCACAGGUGAAUUUAAGGCAAAAAAAACUUCAAAAAUGGGCUCAGGAGAUAAUGUAUUCACAGUUGUGGCAAAGAACAUUGAUGUUCUUGCAAUGCCUCUGGUCUCUCUUGUUUUUCCUCUAUAUUGUUCCAUCAAGGCCAUAGAGACAAAAUCCCUGGCAGAUGACCAACAAUGGCUUACAUAUUGGGUUCUUUACUCUCUCAUUACCUUAUUUGAGCUUACAUUCUCCAANUCACAACUCCAGCUACUAAAUAAAUUGAUAAUUAAUUUCUUGAAUAUAUUGAUCAUAAUCAUUAGGUUCCCGAUUUGGUCGUACGCGAAAUUAAUCGGCGUGUGCUGGUUGGUGUUACCUUACUUCAACGGGGCAGCAUAUGUAUACGAGCAUUUUAUAAGGCCUUUCUACAAAAACCCACAGAUUAAACUGUGGUAUGUUCCCAGGAAAAUGGACAUUUUUAGGAAGCCUGAUGAUGUCUUGACCGCUGCUGAGAAAUACAUAGAAGAAAACGGACCUGAAGCCUUUGAGAGACUCAUUGCUAGGAGGCCUAGUCUUGUGGAAAGGGACAUUGACCAGGCCAUCACAGCCCUUAAGAAAGGGGCACACUUGCUGAAGUACGGUAGGAGAGGGAAGCCGAAGUUUUGUCCAUUUCGACUUUCCACGGACGAAACCACCUUGAUAUGGUAUUAUGGGAAAGAUGAGAAACAGCUUGAGCUACGUCAUGUUUCGAGGAUAAUUCCUGGGCAGAGGACUUCAGUAUUUCAGCGGUACCCUCGGCCCCAGAAAGAAUACCAAUCAUUUUCUCUGAUUUACAAUGACAGAUCCUUGGAUUUGAUAUGCAAAGACAAGGACGAAGCCGAGGUCUGGUUCGCCGGUUUAAAAGCUCUAAUCGGACGUGGCAGCUGCAGAAGGCAAAGAAACGAGUCGAGAUGCGAAAAUGCCCUGCCCGAAAGCCCACGUGUUCGGAAGAUCACCCCAUCAAAUUCAAAUCCAACCUUUCCUCAAGAUCAAGAAGCUACCCAGUCUCGGCUCGAGAAAUCUCCCCAGAGCCGACUCGGGAAAGCCUUUGCAGACGUGCUUUCGUACACCUCAGCCACCAAGACUCUUCAACUAGCAGAGCCAGCAAGCAGCUCGUACCCCGAAAGACCAUCCGAGGUCUCGAACGAGCGGACCUCUGGAGCCGACACAAUCCGCGUCAGCCUCUCGAGCGCCGUGAGCACGUCGAGCCACGGCUCUUGCGUGGAGGACUUUGAAAAUCUUGGCGAUGUCUUCAUGUGGGGCGAGUGCGUAGGGAAUGGCCUGACGAGGCUCGACCGCUCGUCCAACCCGAAAAGCGAUGCCUUGCUCCCCAAGGCACUGGAGUCGAGCGUGGUCCUCGACGUGCAGCACGUGGCCUGCGGGAGGAGGCACGCCGUUGUUGUCACCCGGCAGGGUGACGUGUACAGCUGGGGGGAGGAGGAAGGGGGCCGUCUCGGCCACGGUUUCGAAUCCGAUAUUCCGAACCCGAGGCUCGUCCGGGCCCUCGCCGGGAAGCCCGUCGAGGCCGUCGUGUGCGGCGAGCGCCACACGUGCGCCGUCUCCCUCUCCGGCGAUCUGUAUACGUGGGGAGAUGCGGGCUUUGCUGACGGCGGGCCGGCCCACUGGCUCCCAAAGCGGGUCGAGGGCCCGCUCGACGGCCUGCAGGUCUCUUCGGUGGCGUGCGGGCCGUGGCACACGGCCGUGGUGACGUCGGCUGGCCGCGUGUUCACGUUCGGGGACGGGACGUUCGGCGCGUUAGGGCACGGGGACCGGUGUGGGACCUGCUCCCCGCGCGAGGUCGAGGGUUUGAAAGGGAUGAGGACGGUGAGGGCCGGGUGCGGCGCGUGGCACACGGCGGCAGUCGUGGAGGUGUGCUCGGAUUCCGGCCAGCCGCCACCGCCGCCCGGGCGGGCAAUGUCCAGGAAGCUCUUCACGUGGGGGGACGGGGACAGAGGCCAGCUUGGCCACGGGGAUUUCGAGCCGAGGCUUGUUCCGGAAUUGGUAUCGUCAUUGGCCGGCGUGGAUUUCUGCCAGGUGGCGUGCGGGAAUAGCCUCACGGUGGCUCUGACGACUUCCGGAUGGGUCUACGCGAUGGGGAGCGCCGGCGGGUGCCAGCGUGGCAAUCUCCCGAUCUGCAUGAGAGACGCCAUAGCGGAGUCGUUCGUCGAGGAGAUUGCCUGCGGGUCCCACCAUGUGGCCGUGCUGACGUCGAGAUCGGAGGUGUACACGUGGGGCAGGGGCUCGAACGGGCAGCUCGGGCACGGGGAUAUCGAGGACCGGAAUAUUCCGACGCUCGUCGAGUCGCUCAAGGACAAGCGGGUGAGGAGCGUCGCGUGCGGUUCGAAUUUCACGGCCGUGAUUUGCCUACACAAGUGGAUAUCGACGGCCGACAAUUCUGUCUGUUCGGGCUGCCGCGGCCAGUUUAAUUUCAUACGCAAACGGCACAACUGCUACAACUGCGGGCUCGUGUUCUGCAAGGCGUGCAGCUCGCAGAAGUCUUUCCGCGCCUCGCUGGCGCCGAGCACGAGCAAGCCUUACCGCGUUUGCGAUGACUGCUUCGCUAAGCUGGCAGACGGGAAGAAAGACGGGAAGGGGAGUGAUCUGAGGUUGUCGUCGGCUGAGUCGUUCAAGUCGGACAGGAAUAUGAGCUCGAGUGCGAAGUUUGAGUCGGGGGAGAAUCGAGUGUUCCCGCUGAGCGGUCAAAGGACGAGCACUUCGUCCAAGUCGCCGAGGAGCCCGUUUGGGUCGUCACAGAAUUUUCUGUCAUUUGUUGUGUCUGACUGGAAGAUGAUUUACCGGUCACCGUCUCCAGUUCCGGGGAAGAAUCUGCUGAGGUCAUCCACGCCUUUGCCACUCUCGUCGGAGGUAAAUGGGGAGGAGGUUAGGGAUGGCGGUGAGGGGCUGAGCUUUGAUGUCAGGAGUUUGAGGGAACAGCUCGAGAGCUUAACGAACAAAUCCCAGCUUCUCGAAAUUGAACUGGAAACGAAACGACAGCAACUGAAGGAUAUGACAGCACGGGCAGUGGAUGAAGCUGAAAAGGCCAAAGCUGCUAAAGAAGUGAUCAAGUCUCUGACUGCCCAGUUAAAAGAGAUGUCGGAAAAAAUGCCAGACGACCAAGUCGCCUGCAGCCAUUUGGAAGCCGUUGAGCAAAUGAUAAGCGAACCGAACUAUCCAUCCCAAGGAAGUAGUGUGAGUAGCGUAAGCUCUCCAAAGUGCGAAUCUAGUGAAGCUGCAAAUGAACCACCGAAAGAAAAUGGAACUAAGGCUGAAGUGAAAAAAACAAAGCGGGUUGUGCAGGACGAGCCUGGUGUGUACAUAACGCUUGUCACCUUGCCCAAUGGUGCAAAUGAACUAAGACGAGUUCGUUUCAGUAGGAAACGUUUUACGGAAGAAAAGGCGGAGAAGUGGUGGGCGGAGAACGGGACGAGAGUAUGCGAGCAACACAACAUCACAACUGUAGAGUAGUACCUUCUGCUUUCACUCGGGAUUUUUGUUUGAACUUGGUAGUGUAGCUCCAGUAUACUUUCGCGAGAAAUGAAGAAAUUUUCACGAGUUACGAUCUCUUGUUAUCGCAUUCUAUUUGAUGACUCGCACGAAUUCGGCCAGUUAAGACUCGAAUGCAAAUGCUUUUAUAUGAGGCGGUGUGUAACAUAAAAUGCUAUGUAGUAUAUAUUAAGCAGGCCAAAUUAUCAGGUCAGGUCUUCGAACAACAAUAUAAUUUCUACUCCUCAGGCUCAGAUUUUAUACUCUUCGAAAUGAGUGAAGUAGUUGUUUUACUAUGUUUUAGGUUUCCCCAGGCAAAGCUUACUGUAAACUAAAAAAGAUACUGGCAAAUUUCAGUUCUGGUUCGUUUUGGACAUCCAUUUUCACUUAUAAUACAAAAAGUAGAAAAGGAAUCCAUGCAGGUCCGGAAUAAAAUCACUUCAUUUCGUG